GUGAUCAAGUCCAUCCUGGUGAGCGGCCGCAUCGGGCCYGACAUCAAGCUGGCCGAGUGCUACGGGCUGCGCCUCAAGCACGUCAAGUCGGACGAGAUMCACUGGCUGCACCCGGACCUGACGGUGGGCGAGGUGCAGGAGAAGUACGAGUGCCUGCACCUGGAGGCYGAGUGGAGGUACGAUCUCCAAAUCCGCUACCUCCCGGAGGAYUACAUGGAGCGUUUCAAGGAGGACAGGACCACGCUGCUCUACUUCUACCAGCAGCUCCGCAGCGACUACAUGCAGAACUACGCCAGCAAGGUGAGCGAAGGCAUGGCCUUGCAGCUGGGCUGCCUCGAGCUCAGGAGGUUUUACAAGGACAUGCCCCAGAACGCCCUGGAUAAGAAGUCCAACUUUGAGUUCCUGGAGAAAGAGGUGGGCCUGGACCUCUUCUUCCCCAGCCAGAUGCAGGAGAACCUGAAGCCCAAGCAGUUUCGGAAGAUGAUCCAGCAGACGUUCCAGCAGUACGCCCUGCUGCGGGAGGACGAGUGCAUCCUCAAGUUCCUGCACACCCUCGCCACCUUCGCCAACAUCGACCAGGAGAGCUACCGCUGCGAGCUCGUGCAAGAGUGGAACAUCACCGUGGACCUGGUCAUCGGGCCCAAGGGCAUCCGGCAGAUGACGAGCAAGGAGGCCAAGCCCACCUGCCUGGCCGAGUUCAAGCACAUCAAGUCCAUCAAGUGCUCGAAUGUUGGGGAGGGCAGGGCCGUGCUGCAGCUGGGGCUGGCGGGCACCCCCCAGUCCCUGGCUAUCAAGACGUCCUCUCUGGCYGAGGCGGAGAACAUGGCUGAUCUCAUAGACGGCUACUGCCGGCUGCAGGGCGACCUGGAAACCUCCCUCAUCGUCUUCUCCCGGAAAGAGAAGGAGAAGAGGAUCAGCCUGCCACAGAUCCCAUCCCAGCACCUAGAGGAGAGAAAAUCCGUGCUGUCAGACAGCAUAAGCGUGGAAUCUGAUAUUUAUGCUGAAAUCCCGGAUGAUCCCUCGAGACCGCGGUCUGGAGUCCAGUACUAUGGGAUCUCCCGGGAGGACGUGGCGCUGGGCAGGAUCCUGGGGGAAGGCUUCUUCGGAGAGGUGUAUGAGGGCAUCUACACCAACCCGAAGGGGGAGCGGAUCAACGUGGCCGUGAAGACUUGCAAGAAGGACUGCAGCCCGGAGAACAAGGACAAGUUCCUGAGCGAAGCGGUGCUGAUGAAGAAGCUGGACCACCCCCACAUCGUUAAGCUCAUCGGCAUCGCGGAAGAGGAGCCCACCUGGAUCAUCAUGGAGCUCUACCCCUACGGAGAGCUGGGGCAGUACCUGGAGCAGAACAAGCACUCGCUGGCCGUGCCCACGCUCAUCCUGUACGCGCUGCAGAUCAGCAAAGCCCUGGCUUACCUGGAGGCCAUCAACUGCGUGCACAGGGAUAUUGCCGUGAGGAAUAUCCUGGUGGCCUCUCCAGAAUGCGUGAAGCUGGGUGACUUUGGCCUCUCCAGGUACAUAGAGGAUGAGGAGUACUAUAAAGCAUCCGUGACCCGUCUCCCCAUCAAGUGGAUGUCCCCGGAGUCCAUCAACUUCCGCCGCUUCACGACGGCCAGCGACGUGUGGAUGUUUGCCGUGUGCAUGUGGGAGAUCCUGAGCUACGGCAAGCAGCCCUUCUUCUGGCUGGAGAACAAGGACGUGAUCGGGGUGCUGGAGAAGGGCGACCGCCUGCCCAAGCCSGACCUCUGCCCGCCCGUCCUCUACACCCUCAUGACGCGCUGCUGGGACUACGACCCCAGCGAGAGGCCCAAGUUCAAGGAGCUGGUCUGCAGCCUGAGUGACAUUUACCUGAUGGAGAAGGAGCUUGCCAAGGAGCAGGAGAGGAAUAAUCGCCACCGGCCUCCCAAAAUCAUGGAGCCACCGGCAUUCCAGGAGCCRCCCCCAAAGCCCAGCAGGCCCAAGUACAAAGCGCCGCCCCAGAACAACCUCCUGGCUCCCAAGCUGCAGUUCCAGGUGCCCGAGGGCCUGUGCGCCAGCUCGCCCACGCUCACCAGCCCCGUGGAGUACCAGUCGCCCGCGAGCUCCCUGCACACGCCGCCGCUCAACCGCCACCACGUCCUCAAGCGCCACAGCAUGAGGGAGGAGGAUUUCCUGCGGCCCAGCAGCCGGGAGGAGGCACAGAAGCUCUGGGAGCUGGAGCGCCUCAGGAUGCGGCAGCUCCUGGACAAGCAGCAGAAGCAGAUGCUGGAGGACUACCAGUGGCUGAGGCAGGAGGAGAAGGCCCUGGACCCCACGGUGUUCGUGAACAACAACCUCCCGCCGCUGCUCCCGGAGAAGGAGACGGAUUACACGGAGUUCACGGGGCCGCCGCAGAAGCCUCCGCGCCUCGGCGCCCAGCCCAUCCACCCGGCCCCCACGGCCAACCUGGACCGCACGGACGACGCGGUCUACGGCAACGUCAUGGAGCUGGUGCGCUCCGUGCUGCAGCUCAAGAACGAGAUCAGCCUCCUGCCCCCCGAGGGCUACAUCCUGGCCGUGAAGAACGUGGGCCUGUCCCUGCGGAAGCUCAUCGGCAGCGUGGACGAGAUCCUGCCCGCGCUGCCCRCGGCCUCGCGCACCGAGAUCGAGGGCACCCAGAAGCUGCUCAACAAGGACUUGGCUGAGCUCAUCAACAAGAUGCGCCUGGCGCAGCAGAACGCCGUCACCUCGCUGAGCGACGAGUGCAAGCGGCAGAUGCUCACGGCCUCCCACGCGCUCGCCGUGGACGCCAAGAACCUCCUGGACGCUGUGGACCAAGCCAAGCUCCAGGGCAACCUGGCCAAGCUGUGCUUGGAGUGAGAGGAGAGGCCGGGCAAGGCCCGGGCGAGGGUUGGGGACGGA